AGCUGUGGACAGAAAGAAUUCUGCCCUUUCCUCCCCGGCGCUUUUCUGCCGGCCAAAGCCGGCUCGCAGGUGGCCAUGGCCUCACGGCCCACUCGGGGCCCCGGGGGCCCGGAAUUGCUUUCCGGGCUGCCGCCUGCGGUCACAACUGCGGCCAACCAGAGCGCAGAGGCGUCGGCGGGCAACGGGUCGGUGGCUGGCCCCGAGGCUCAGGCCCUCACGCCCUUCCAGAGCCUGCAGCUGGUGCAUCAGCUGAAGGGGCUGAUUGUGCUGCUCUACAGCGUCGUGGUGGUCGUGGGGCUGGUGGGCAACUGCCUGCUGGUGCUGGUGAUCGCGCGGGUGCGCCGGCUGCACAACGUGACCAACUUCCUCAUCGGCAACCUGGCCUUGUCCGACGUGCUCAUGUGCGCCGCCUGCGUGCCGCUCACGCUGGCCUACGCCUUCGAGCCGCGCGGCUGGGUGUUCGGCGGCGGCCUGUGCCACCUGGUCUUCUUCCUGCAGCCGGUCACCGUGUACGUGUCGGUGUUCACGCUCACCACCAUCGCCGUGGACCGCUACGUCGUGCUGGUGCACCCGCUGCGCCGGCGCAUCUCGCUGCGCCUCAGCGCCUACGCAGUGCUGGCCAUCUGGGCGCUGUCCGCGGUGCUGGCGCUGCCCGCCGCCGUGCACACCUACCACGUCGAGCUCAAGCCGCACGACGUGCGCCUCUGCGAGGAGUUCUGGGGCUCGCAGGAGCGCCAGCGCCAGCUCUACGCCGGGGGGCUGCUGCUCUUCACCUACCUGCUCCCUCUGCUGGUCAUCCUCCUGUCCUACGUCCGCGUGUCGGUGAAGCUCCGGAACCGCGUGGUGCCCGGCUGCGUGACCCAGAGCCAGGCCGACUGGGACCGCGCGCGGCGCCGCCGCACCUUCUGCUUGCUGGUGGUGGUCGUGGUGGUGUUCGCCGUCUGCUGGCUGCCGCUGCACGUCUUCAACCUGCUGCGGGACCUCGACCCGCGCGCCAUCGACCCGUACGCCUUUGGGCUGGUGCAGCUGCUCUGCCACUGGCUCGCCAUGAGCUCGGCCUGCUACAACCCCUUCAUCUACGCCUGGCUGCACGACAGCUUCCGCGAGGAGCUACGCAAGCUCCUGCUCGCUUGGCCCCGCAAGAUCGUGCCGCAUGGCCAGAGCGUGACUGUCAGCGUGGUCAUCUGAUGCCCCUGAGCCAGGCCCUGGUGGAGCAGCUGCAUGUCCACUGGCCUCCGUGGGUGCCACCCGAGGUCGGACUGGAGAGCAGGUGCCCAGCACCAGAGCUAAGCCAACACGGGGCAGCAUUCCCAGCCCGGCCCUCUCGUCCAGCUCUCUCCCUUGUCUUGUGUGUUUGUGUAAUGUUAAGUGGGCUUUGCUGAGCGUCUUGUUCUUUUCUUGGAGGAGGCCAGGGAGAGGGAGGAGGAUUUAUUGUUUCUUCCUUAUGCCCUUGAAGGCCAAACAAACCUCUUCCUCUUGGUUCAGGAAAGUCUCCGAGAGCCGUGCUUGUCUCUUUGCUUCCCUUUCCUCUUGCUCAGCAGUAAGAUGAAAGAACGGUGUGAGUGGGAUUUCCAGUGACCCCGUUGGGCUUGGUAUGGCUUUUCCGUUUGCCUUUUUACAAAGAUCCAGGUGAGAUAUAAUACCUGAUAUUGCAUAGUCAAUUUGAACCCCUGAAUUUCUAGGAUUUCAGGUAAACGUGUAUUACAAAUCUACAUCUAGGAUUCCAGCAUUUCCGGAAUGAGACCUUUAUAUACCAAAGAGUUUUAGUUUUAAAACCACUUGAAUUUAUAGUACGAAACCACCUACAAGCCACCUUUCAAAAGGUCUUGCUUUUGUUUUCCCUCCACCUUACUCCCCAACUACUAUUAAUAUUUUAAAAUGGUGAGAAUAAUUGGCCAAUGAAGAGACAGAUAAGUAGAAAUAGAUAAAGAU